AUGCAAGUCGCAGUGGAAGCUCAAGUAGCCAGUUGCACUAGAAUACGGCCAACGCCGAAAGGAUCAAUUCUUAACGCGAUCGCCGAUCAACACUUUCCUCUGGGUCCGCAUCCCGGUAUGAACACGCAAAAUGCGGGAUAUAUAGCAUUGUCACCUAGCAAUGACGAAAAUCAGGACUAUCCACCUUCCCAGGAAGCUACUCUUCUCGUAAACCCGAAUGUGGAAGAAUCAAGGACUAUCCAAAUACAUGAGGGCACAUUCACCAUACACCCAACGACGCACCACUAUUCAUAUGCUUAUGGUCCCAAAGGGCUCCCCGGGCUACGUCAUAACAAAUAUGCAUUGUUGUGCGCGUUUUUUGCAUCAAUUGGCGGGUUAGAAUUUGGAUACGAUCAAGGCGUGAUUGCAAAUGUACUCGUGAUGGAGGAUUUCAUGCUUCGAUGGCCAGUGACACCUCUUCAGAAGGGUAUCAUGACUGCUGUCCUUGAGCUUGGUGCUCUUACUGGGGCACUGUCUGCUGGUGUAUAUGCCGACAGAUAUUCUAGAAGCAGUGCCAUAAUCUUUGCUUGUGUGGUCUUUUGCAUUGGGUCGUCAUUUCAAUGUUUCGCACAAUCGCUUAGCCACAUCUUUAUUGGAAGGGCGAUAGGCGGGCUUGGAGUUGGCGCGUUAAGCAUGUUGUCCCCGCUGUAUAUGGCAGAAAUCAGUCCCCCGGAGGUACGAGGGUCACUUAUGGCCCUUGAACAAUUUUCUAUCGUGCUUGGUGUAGUUUUUGGAUUCUGGACUGGUUUUAUGACGAGAGACAUUCCUGGUUCUAUGUCCUGGCGCAUUCCUCUGGGCAUCCAGCUCAUUCCCGGUUUCGUACUUGCGGCGGGAUGUGCUUUCCUUCCGCCUUCACCUCGAUUGCUUGUGAUGCAUGGUAAAUACGAAGAAGCGCGUGCCAGUCUUGCUCGACUACGAUUAAGGGACGCAAGUGACGAUGGUGGUGACAUGCUAGUCCAAUUAGAACUGUUAGAAAUGCGUGUUGAAACAACACUAAUACAGCGGACACUUCAAAGAGAACUGGAACUGGACGAAGGGACUGGGAAUACUCCUGGGAAGACAGGUCUGGCAACAGAGUGGAAAGCAUGGAAGAAGUUAUUUCAAGAGAAGUACAGAGAUAGAACAUGGAUUGGGGUGUUGAUCAUGUUUUUCCAACAAUGGUCUGGAAUCAACGCACUCCUUUAUUAUGGACCUACUCUCGUUCACUCUAUCGGGCUCUCGGGUGACUCUGUUGCUUUGCUCGUAUCAGGAGGAAUUGGGGUGGUGCAACUUCUUGCGGUUCUCCCCGCUAUUGUGUGGAUCGAUCGAGUCGGGAGAAAAGUAUUGCUUCGAGGAGGGAGCAUAGUAAUGACUUUAUCUCAUCUGGGAAUCUCCGUUCUCGUCUUGAUAUUCCAGUCAAACUGGUCUGCCCACCCAUUUGCGGUUUGGGUAGCAGUUGGUGGCAUAUAUAGCUUCACCUUGGCAUACGGGAUCUCUUUUGGUCCUAUUGGGUGGGUGCUUCCUAGCGAGGUUUUUCCUCUCACUAUGAGGAGCAAAGGCGUUGCUCUCAGUACAGCAUCCAACUGGAUUAACAAUUUUUUCAUCGGUCUUCUGACGCCUCUAUUUGUGGAUUUUUCAGCUUCGUUCACAUUCUUCGUUUUUGCUGGAGCGUGUGCUCUUGCUUAUUUUUGGGCAACAUAUUUCGUUCCUGAGACUGCUAAUGUUUCACUGGAAGAAGUGGAUAAAUUAUUCAGAUCGGCUGCCGGGAGAGAAGAGGGAUUGUUGAAAGCUCAGAUUGAAGAAGAACUUGGUCUACGGGACUUAGUCAGAGAGUUGGCAGAAGAAAGUUGA